CAAAGCAACACUCCAUCUCAAAAUAAAAAAAGUUAACAAAGAUAGUUUUAUUUCUUCCUUCCCAAACUUUUAUCUUCUUUUCUUGUCUUACUGAACUAAUUAGGGCUUCAAUAUGAUGUUGAAUAGGAGUGGCGAGAGGGGGACAUCUUUAUUCUAAUUUUAGGGAGAAAACUUCUAGUUUCUCACCAUUAAGUAUACCCUAGUGGCAGGGUUUUUUUGGUAGUUGUUCUUUAGCAAGUUAAGGACAGUUCCCCUCUACUAGUUUGAAUGAGUGAAUGUUGGAUUUCUGAGGCUUCAGUUUGAAAUCAUGUGAAUGCUUGUGUGACAUCCAGAGGGGAAUGUUAGGAAGGUGGUUGGAGAUAAGCAUAGUAUCUAGGAGAGGGAACUGAGUCAAGGAAGAGCAGGGAAUCACUGGCACAUUCACGAUGCCCGAAGUCAUGGCUAUUGACGUGAUUGCCAGGGAAGUAUGUGCUGCUGCUGUUGAUCAGGCAGCUCGUUAACUUGAUCAAAAAUAAUCAAAAUUCUGUGCACAAUAAAUACCUGUGACUCUAAAUGUGUGUUCCUGAGGAUAGCCUGACUACCUCACUGGGACCACAGUGUAAAGACUGUUGAUGACUUGCUGUACCUUAGGCACUCUGCUAGACAGUGCCUCGCACUAUCAGGUUAUCUCACUUGAUCCUUGCAAUGUUCAGGAUGAGCACUGUUAAUCCCAUUACCCAGACUGAGAAAACUGAAACCCAGAGAGUUUCAAUAUCUUACCCAGGUGAGAGUACUCAUAAGACAGGGCUGAAAGUGACUCUGAAGACUGUGCUUGCCCUGCCACACUGCCCACAGUGUUUGGGCAAGGUGAAAAAACUGAGGCUCAGAUGGGAAUGACUACAGGGAGUCUGAGGAGAGGAUGUGGGCUCCAUCUUCUGCUCCGUUGAGUUACCUGGAGUGGCCUGAGGCUCAACACCACUCCGUCUAGGAGGGAAGGGCUUGCUUGGCCCAAAGCGCCUAGCCUGGAGUGUCUAGUCCUGCACUGCAAGAAGAGCUGUAGGUCUAAGGAGAACCUCCACCUCCAGAAUUCAGGCAAUGGUGGCUAAGAUGGGAGGACAGUUACCCAUCCACUGACACUGGCCCCUCACACUCUGAAGCCCUGGUCUUCCACAUGCUCUGACCCAGCAUACCUGUACUCUCCAACCCCCGAGGGUGGCCUGACCUGAGUUUGGGUCUGUGUGCUGCUUUUUACAGUGUUUGAAUAAUUCAGGCCCCAGAGGCCUGAGGUGUCAGUUUUCGUUGCUCUGUUGUCAUGGGCACAGGUGUCUCAACACCUGUGUAAUGCACAUGUGUAAUUAAGCUAAUGAAAGGACAGAGAGGGAGGGGUGUUGUCCUGUGCCUUGGACUCCUCUAGGCUGAUCAAGGGAAGUCCCUGUUCCCUGUUCUGCUGAGAGAUCAGCAGGCUCAUCUAGAGUCCAGGUACUGUCCAUACCAUCCUUGCCAGCUGGGCCUAAUUUUGCCUUAGGUCUGGCCAGGAGGCCUCACACCCAGAGACCUGCCCCACUUCCUACUGUGGCAGGGCCAUGGGGCUCCGGAGCCACCACCUCAGCCUGGGCCUUCUGUUGCUGUUUCUACUCCCUUCAGAGUGCCUGGGAGCUGAGGGCCGGCUGGCUCUCAAGCUCUUCCGUGACCUGUUCACCAACUACACAAGUGCCCUGAGACCUGUGGCAGACACAGACCAGACUCUGAAUGUGACGCUGGAGGUGACACUGUCCCAGAUCAUCGACAUGGAUGAACGGAACCAGGUACUGACUCUGUACCUGUGGAUACGGCAGGAGUGGACAGAUGCCUACCUUCGAUGGGACCCCAAUGCCUAUGGUGGCCUGGAUGCCAUCCGCAUCCCCAGCAGUCUUGUGUGGCGGCCAGACAUCGUACUCUAUAACAAGGCGGAUGCGCAGCCGCCAGGCUCCGCUAGCACCAACGUGGUCCUGCGCCAUGACGGCGCCGUGCGCUGGGACGCACCGGCCAUCACGCGCAGCUCGUGCCGCGUGGACGUGGCGGCCUUCCCGUUCGACGCCCAGCGCUGCGGCCUGACGUUCGGCUCCUGGACCCACGGCGGGCACCAGCUGGAUGUGCGGCCACGCGGCGCCGCCGCCAGCCUGGCAGACUUCGUGGAGAACGUGGAGUGGCGCGUGCUGGGCAUGCCGGCGCGACGGCGCGUGCUCACCUACGGCUGCUGCUCCGAGCCCUACCCCGACGUCACCUUUACGCUGCUGCUGCGCCGCCGCGCCGCUGCCUAUGUAUGCAACCUGCUGCUGCCCUGCGUGCUCAUCUCACUGCUCGCACCGCUCGCCUUCCACCUGCCCGCCGACUCUGGCGAGAAGGUGUCGCUGGGCGUCACCGUGCUGCUGGCGCUGACGGUCUUCCAGCUGCUGCUAGCCGAGAGCAUGCCACCGGCCGAGAGUGUGCCACUCAUUGGGAAGUACUACAUGGCCACUAUGACCAUGGUCACAUUCUCAACAGCACUCACCAUCCUUAUCAUGAACCUGCAUUAUUGUGGUCCCAGUGCCCACCCAGUGCCAGCCUGGGCUAGGGCCCUCCUGCUGGGACACCUGGCACGGGGCCUGUGUGUGCGGGAAAGAGGGGAGCCCUGUGGGCAGUCCAGGCCACAUGAGUCAUCCCUUAGCCUUGAGCCUCCUGAGGGAGGGGCUGGCCACCCAGAGGGCCCUUGCCAUGAGCCACGGUGUCUGUGCCGCCAGGAAGCCCUGCUGCGUCAUGUAGCCACCAUUGCCAAUACCUUCCACAGCCACCGAGCUGCCCAGCGCUGCCAUGAGGACUGGAAGCGCCUGGCCCGUGUGAUGGACCGCUUCUUCCUGGGCAUCUUCUUCUCCAUGGCCCUGGUCAUGAGCCUCCUGGUGCUGGUGCAGGCCCUGUGAGGACUGGGACUAAGUCACAGGGAUCAGCUGCAGCCACAGCCCCUCCAGAAAGGGACAGCCAAGGCCAAGUGGCUGCUGGUCUUUAGGCCAGCCAGUCUCCCCACUACUCCUAAGACCCUGGACACUUGACUUCACAAUCCACGAGGGAGCACUCAUUGUCUACACACCCUAACUAAAGGAAGUCCAGAGACCUAAUUCCAAAAAAAGAGGAACUCUACAAAGGCAAUGUCACAGAGUACAGUCUUGGAGGCACAGAAUUGUUGGUGCUGGGUAUUAGAGCUGUCCAUGAUGAGCAUGCUGGUUAUUUUGAGAAACAGAACUGCCACAAUUUCCUGUCUUCCUUCCUAGGUGGCUGCUUUGCAGGGCCUUGGCUCUUACCUUUCCCUGCCUAGGGGCGCAGGGAAAAGGAUUGGGGAUUCUCAGUCUAGUUUCCAGACAGGAGGCCCUAUGGACAUUUGGCCCCAAAUUCCCAAUUCAAUAAAGUAAGCGUGUACCUAGCA